AUUUUACUACAACCAGACGCUGGAUCACUUCAACUAUAGGCCUGAAAGCUACACCAAAUUUCAACAAAGAUACGUGAUGAAUUUCCAGUACUGGGGUGGACCAAAUGCACCCAUUCUGGCCUAUCUUGGAGCUGAAUCGUCUAUUGAUAGUGAUCUCACCGUCAUCGGAUUUCUCAACGACACUGCCCCCCGGUUUAAGGCUCUCCAAGUAUUCGUAGAGCAUCGUUAUUAUGGGCAAUCAAUCCCAUUUGGGUCAAGAGAAGAAGUCAUGAAAAACGCAAGCACUCGUGGAUAUUUCAGCUCGGCACAAGCCAUAGCAGAUUAUGCACAAAUCCUCUUACAUAUAAAGAAAGAGUGGCAUGCCCAACAUUCCCCAGUCAUCGUUAUAGGAGGCUCAUACGGAGGAAUGCUUGCUUCGUGGUUCCGGUUAAAAUACCCUCAUAUUGCCAUUGGAGCUUUGGCCUCGUCGGCUCCCAUCCUUUACUUUGACAAUAUCACACUGACACCACCCGGUGGAUAUUAUUCCGUUGUCACAAAAGACUUUAAAGAAGCUAGCGAAACAUGUUACCAAACAAUAAGAAAUUCGUGGUCAGUGAUUGAUGAUGUUGCUUCACAGCCUCAUGGUCUUGCUAACCUCAGCCGAAAGUUCAAAACUUGCAAACCGUUGGAGGAAGCUGCUGAGCUGAAGGACUAUCUGGACAGUAUGUAUAGCAGAGCGGCUCAAUAUAAUCAGCCUCCAAGAUAUCCCGUGUGGUUGCUUAUAGAGUGAAUGAAAAAUGCUAUGUUAAUCCGCCAAGAAAAGUAUCCGAAACAGAAAUUGGCUGGCA